AAAUAAUAAGGGAAAUAAUUACGACUGCGUCACCGAUUAAAAAAAAAAGGCCUGUGCUCGUUGAUUUCUCUCUCUCCGACAAUCGAAUUCCAGAGAGAGAGAGAGAGAGAGGAUUCAUUGAUUCAACCAUUCCCACUGAUACAACACACUAACACAGUUACCUGGUGGUAGUUCUAGUGAGAGAAAGUGAGAGAAAGAGAAAAAGAGAGAGAGAGAGAGAGAGGAAUAGUAAAACAGAAACCUCGCAAAAACCAAUGGCGAGUUUUAGGGUUUUGUGAACAGCUUGCGAUGGAAAUGCCUGCCAGAAGAUCCAACUACUCGCUCCUCAGCCAAAUUCCCGACGACCAGUUUUCCGGCCCCGCCGCGCCGUCCUCCUCCGGCGACGGGAAGAACGGCCGCGGCGGCAAGGCGGACCGCGCCUUCGACUGGGACCUCGUCGCCGAUCACAGGGCGGCGCAGCAGGGGACCAACCGGAUCGGAAACCUGUACUCCUCGAUCGGCCUGCAGAGGCAGUCCAGCGGGAGCAGCUACGGCGAGAGCUCGCUCUCCGGCGGCGGCGACUUCUACGCUCCCACGCUGUCCACGGCGGCGGCCAGCGAGGUCGACGCCUUCGGCUACCUCCAUGACGAGCGGAGCAAGUUCUCCGAGGCGCCGGCGAGGAUCUCCGGCUCCUCCGGGAAGAGCUGGGCGCAGCAGACGGAGGAGAGUUAUCAGCUGCAGCUUGCGCUCGCGCUGCGGUUGUCGUCGGACGCCACGUGCGCCGAUGAUCCCAAUUUCCUCGAUCCGGUGCCGGACGAUUCGUCUAUGCGGCUCUCGUCGUCCGCGGAGGCGGUUUCGCAUAGGUUCUGGGUGAAUGGCUGCCUGUCAUACUCUGACAAAAUUCCAGAUGGCUUUUACCUAAUUCAUGGGAUGGAUUCCUAUGUCUGGACCGUAUGCACUGAUCUGCAUGAAAAUGGCCGAAUUCCAUCAGUUGAUACACUGAAGUCUGUGAAUCCCUGCAUCAUUUCUUCACUUGAAGUAGUUUUGGUGGAUCGACGCAGUGACCCCAGCUUAAGAGAUCUUCAAAAUAGAGUUCAUAGCAUUUCUUGUAGCAGCAUAACAACAACAGAUGUUGUAGAUCAGCUUUCGAAGCUGAUUUGCAACCGUAUGGGGGGUUCAGCUUCUAUUGGGGAAGAUAAUUUUUUUUCCAUCUGGAGGGAUUGCAGUAAUGAUCUGAAAGAUUGCUUAGGAUCUGUUGUUAUUCCCAUAGGUAGUCUAUCUGUUGGCCUCUGCAGGCAUCGUGCUGUAUUAUUCAAAGUAUUGGCUGAUGCCAUCGAUUUGCCAUGUCGAAUUGCAAAGGGCUGUAAAUAUUGCAAAAGGGAUGAUGCAGCAUCUUGUCUUGUUCGAUUUGGGCUUGAGAGGGAAUAUCUUGUUGAUUUAAUUGGAAAGCCAGGAAGCUUAUCCGAGCCUGAUUCCUUGCUCAAUGGUCCAUCUUCCAUCUCAUUUUCUUCACCCUUGCGCUUUCCACGACUUAAACCAGCGGACCCUACCAUUGAUUUCAGGUCGCUGGCCAAACAGUAUUUCUCAGACAAUCUGUCUCUUGAGCUUGUCUUCGACAACAGUUCUGCAGAACAGUUUGAUGCGAAGUGCAAAGACAGGAAUAACACUAGGCCAAUUUCAACUGAGAGCAAUAGAAGUUCUCACCUUCCUCUGCAUCCCCAGGAUUCUACUCCAGGCACACAUGAACAAGGUUCUGAAACAUAUCUAUCAUGUAACCCUCCUCAGAACAUUGUAGACUUGACAACUGUGGGAAAGUAUCCACCGCCGAUAAAGCAUAAGCGUCCUGUUGGUAUACCGACCCCGUUAGCAUUUCCAAAUACUAAUGAUGACAUGAUUGAGGGCAAGAGGUUUGUUGAAGGAAGUCAACUGAUUCCUAACAAAUCUACUCGAGAGCUUACCCUUGACAUGGAGGAUUUGGACAUUCCGUGGAGUGAUCUUGUUUUAAGAGAGAAAAUAGGGUCAGGUUCUUUUGGAACUGUGCAUCGUGCUGAAUGGAAUGGCUCGGAUGUUGCUGUGAAAAUUUUGAUGGAACAGGAUUUUCAUGCUGAGCGCUUUAAGGAAUUCCUUAGGGAGGUUGCAAUAAUGAAACGUUUGCGGCAUCCAAACAUUGUUUUGUUUAUGGGGGCAGUCACUCAGCCUCCUAACUUGUCAAUUGUUACGGAAUAUUUAUCAAGGGGUAGCUUAUAUAGACUGUUGCAUAGAUCUGGUGCCAAGGAAGUGUUGGAUGAGAGGCGUAGGCUUAGUAUGGCUUAUGAUGUGGCAAAGGGGAUGAAUUAUCUACAUAAACGUAAUCCCCCAAUUGUUCACAGAGAUCUGAAAUCUCCCAACCUUCUUGUUGACAAGAAAUAUACUGUGAAGGUUUGUGAUUUUGGGCUUUCACGUCUGAAGGCCAAUACGUUUCUCUCAUCCAAGUCAGCUGCUGGGACUCCUGAGUGGAUGGCUCCAGAGGUUCUUCGCGACGAGCCAUCAAAUGAGAAGUCCGAUAUUUACAGCUUUGGUGUAAUCUUAUGGGAGCUUGCAACAUUGCAACAACCCUGGGUUAAUUUAAAUCCAGCACAGGUUGUGGCUGCUGUUGGCUUCAAGGGAAAACGGCUUGAGAUCCCACGUGAUGUGAAUCCCCAAGUAGCUGCACUAAUUGAGGCUUGCUGGGCCAGUGAGCCUUGGAAACGACCUUCUUUUGCGAGUAUUAUGGAUUCUUUGAGGCCAUUGCUCAAACCCCCAACACCUCAACCUGGUCGUCCGAACAUGCCACUAACCUGAAUGUUGUCCUAGUGUCAAUUGUAUAUCUCUUUAAUUCAGGUUUAAGAAUACUGAUUUCCAACGCAGGGCAAGGAUACUCCACCUUUGUUGUUCCCACAAAAUUGUUUGAUUAGGUGAUCUUGUAAUUUUACCAAGAAAUGUUUUAUUUUUCUUUCAUAAUUUUGUAUGUAAAAAAAAUUCCCAUUGUAAUUACAUUCAGUUAAUGAUAAGCAGCUUUGCCAGCGGUGUACACCUACA